AUGACUGAAGCCUUGUUGCCCGUCUUCCAGCAGAUACUCUCCAGUUUUACGGGAACUACCGUCGCUGCAACCACCCACAAUGUGACAGCUGAGGCGACUGCGUUUAACCCAUCGAGUGUGUCCUCAUUCCUCACGUUUCUCUUGUCAUUUUCGGCUCUCCGUGACUGGGCCAAGUUGGCCCUACUCGGCGGAAUUGUUGAAGUCUUACGACGAUUCUUGUUCGGUGGUUAUCAUACCUUGGUCGAUCUGUUCUGGAUCUCGGCGACUUUCUCGGAAGAGGAUUCGAGCUAUGAUUGGAUGAUGGUGUGGCUCUCGAAACAACCUGGCUGGCGUCAUGUACGCCAGGUACAAGUGAGCACUAAUAGUCUAGCGACCUCCCGGAUCCUCUUGGAUGGCGAGAAUGAUAUGACGCACGCAACCAAGUCAUCUCGAAAAUUGGCUUAUCUUCCCUCAUUAUCGACCACCUAUCAUCUGUGGUACAAACACCGUUGGUUGUCAGUUACCCGAGUCCAGACCAACACUGGCUGGUGGGGCUCAAAGGAGCAGACUUUGUUUGUCAACAUACUAACGCGCGACCACCGAAUUCUCAGCUCACUACUCCAAGAAGCUCGCGCAUAUCAUAUCGCAGCACAGGAACACAAAAUAUCAGUUUAUGUCUCAGACACGAACAACAAUUGGCGUAGCGUUGCUCGUCGAGAUAAACGACCUCUUGAUUCCAUUGUGUUAGAUCCUGGACAAAAAGAUCUACUAAUUGCCGACGCAAAAGAUUUCCUCAAGAGCAAGGAAUGGUAUCAACAACGAGCCAUACCACACAGACGAGGCUACCUACUUUACGGCGCUCCAGGAUCCGGCAAGUCCAGUGUAAUCCACGCAAUUGCUGGUGAACUCGGAUUGGACGUUUACAUAAUCUCGCUAUCCCGCGUCGGCUUAGGCGAUUCUGAGCUCAACGAGCUUGUCAAUGCCCUACCAGAGCGCUGUUGUGCUUUGAUGGAAGAUAUUGAUGCUGCAUUCACCAGCGGCCUUACGCGUGAAAGUAAGGCGACAAUAUCGUCCCCUGAUACGUCAGAGAAUAUGGCCGCAAAGCCGGGGACUGCUGGUAAUCCGCCUCCGACAAGCAGACUGAGCUUGAGUGGGCUUUUGAAUGCUUUGGACGGUGUUGGCGCCCAAGAGGGUCGUAUUCUCUUCGCAACUACCAACAAAUAUGAAGCUCUUGAUCCCGCACUCUGUCGUCCGGGAAGGAUGGAUGUCCAUGUCGAAUUCAAGCUCGCUAGCAGCUUGCAAGCCAAGAAACUAUUUUGUCGAUUUUAUCUUCCGACGGAAGACCCGGACUCUGUGAUCAAAUCGUCAACAGUCACAGGGACGGACUCGGGAUAUAGCUCUGAUGGCGAUGAGAGCCUUGUCCUGACGGCUGAUCGUGUUUUCUCCCCCCAACAAAUUGUGCCUUUGGCGGAUCGUUUCUCUGAAGCCAUUCCGGAGCGCACAUUCUCCAUGGCUGCACUUCAGGGUUUCUUGAUGACUUGCAAGGCGAGACCAGAGAUGGCUGCUAAAACGGUCAAAGCUUGGGUGGAAAGGGAGCGCAACAACGGAGAGUAA